GGCAGAACGAACAGAACGAACGUUUUUCGGCAAGUAUUGGAUCGAUAAGGAUGUUGUCUUCGGGACUUCACACAGUUCGACAUGGACCAUCAUCAAAAAGCUCUCUGAAAAACCCAUGCAGAUGCUUCCAGAGCAUGCCUAAGGACCUUACAGCUGGGGGGCUUCCUAUAUCCUAGCUCUGUUCCUCGCUGAGACAAGUCAAUCUAGAAAAUGAGGCAUUUCUUGCGAAUAUAUAAACAGGACCCGCAUCUUGGAACUGAAGGUGACCUUUACACUGAACGACAGGCACAAGCUGGAAGGCGUCCCUAUGAAGAGGUAAAAGCCCUCCUGUUGUUCACUGAAAUGGGUGCCAAGUACUUGCCCUGAAGGAGCAAUCAAGGUCGAUGGGAGAUGGGCAGAGGGACAUGUGAGAUGGAGGAAAAACUG